AUGGAACUGGCAUUAGAUGUCAAGAACGAUGGCAAACUCUACGAACUCAAUAUGAAACCGAUUAGCAGAAAUACGGGUCAAUUCUGGCGAUUUGUUCAUUUAGGUGAAAAUAUAUAUAAGCUUCAAACUCGCUUUCUUGGCAAUAAAUACUCUCUUGAUAUUAAUCCAAAUAGUAAAGACAAAAACAUACCACAUAUAGCCAAGACAGCUCUUGUAACAGGACAACGUUGGUGGAUUAGUCGUCUUACUGAUGGCACAUAUACAUUAAGCAAUGAAUAUAACGGUGUCAGUUGGGCUAUGGAUAUAUCUAGCAGCAAAAACCUGAAAACCGUGAGUGACAGUACAUAUUAUACUUCACAUCAAUCUGAGACAUCAGAUUGGUUAAAUAAUGAAACUACUACAAUGGAUAUUUCUACCACUAUAAGUUCAACGACAUUUUCUACUACUUCAUCAAGUGAUAUCACAACAACUGCACUACCGAAAAGUUUAUCUGGUGGUGUUAUUGCCGGUAUUGUAAUUGGUACAAUAGUAGGUGUUAUUCUAAUAGUAUUAAUUGCUUAUAUUAUUUAUAAAUAUCGAAAAUCUUGUGCUGAUAAAUUACAAAAACGUUCACUAUCUCCUAAUAAUUCUUCUGUUCGAUAUAAACCAGAAAAUUCUCGAGCAGAUGUAAAUAGUGCUCCACCUGAUGAAUAUUUAACUGUAGAUACAUUACCACCUCCACAACGAAAGAAUCAACAAUUUACUGAUAUCUCAACAAGACAAAUGGGUCGUUGA